GAAUGUCCAGCGAUGAGAAGCCCACAUCACGUUGGCGCCGAUUAAUUUCUUUUUCAGCACGACUCUGUCACAGAAGACUGUCUCUCCUCUUCCGCCUCCUUCAUUUUGGAGCGGUCAUUUAUUCUUGUUCUGUGGUGCAGGUCUGUGGAGCACACGACGACUGCAUUAGCGGUGAUGCCACUUAAUGCGUGUUAAGGCUGAAGUCGCUGUAUGCCAUGUACUACCACCCACUCAAGCGGCAUCGCGAAGUCUGAACCAUUCGACUCUGGGGAUCUAAAAGCGAAGUGCCAACGCAUUGCUUCCAACCCUGCGCCUGGAAUCGUGUAUCAAUACAUACACGCAACAAUACCUGUACAAUACGGAGUACAAAGGGUCGAAAAUCUAAGCCCCGAAGGAAGGGAGGGAAAGGCUAAGAAGUCAACGAAAAAAAGAAAGCAGCAGGGAAGGGUUAAAAAAAAAAAAAAAAAAAAAAAAGCCGAAAAGGGGCGUGAGUUGGGCAUCAGAGCGGGUCUCUUGAUCUUGUUUUGCUGCUUCAUUCAGUUCAAAAGGACCGCGGCCUUGGUGUGCGUCCCUAAAAGGCCCAAGUAAGGCACGAAGGCAGCCUAGUAUAUAGGGAGCUAUAUGAUGGCUGUUGUCGUCCCAAGGCACAAUAUUCAUAUAUGUUGUGCGACGCAUUGAUAUCUCUUGCACA